UAACCCUUAUCUCUCUCUCCCAAAAAGUCAGCGCCUUCCUUUGUCUCUCUCUACAGUGGAAAGAAGAACACAAGGGUACAAAUUCACAAGCCUCUGUUCUCUCACUUUCUUUAUCAAAAUGGAGGACGAUUGGGAUCUCACCGCCGUGGUCAGAGGCUGCUCCACCGCCGCUGCCACCACAAAGCCAGCCACCAGUUUCAUCUCAGAUCACCAUAACCACUUCUACUCAAGCCCUCUCCUCUCUUCUUCAUUUGGUCAACAUGGUAGUUUUGUCUCCAACAACAACAACACUAGUCAAACCCAAGCACAAACCUUCUCUGUUCUUCCUCUUGUCCCAGAUCCCAUUAAACCCACAAGUGCAAUUGAGGAACUCCAUGAUCUUUACAAGCCAUUCUUCCCCAAAUCUCACCAAAAUCCAUCUCUUCUUUCUCCACCACGACCAAUCACACCACAGUCCAAUUUCUCUUCCCAUCAGCCACUCCCCAAACACCAGCCUAAGCUUUCUGCCACUAAUCCCACCCAGCGCUCCAAAAAGAGAAAGAACCUGCUUAAAAAAGUGUGCCAGGUACCAGCUGAGUCUCUGUCUUCUGAUGUGUGGGCAUGGCGUAAAUAUGGACAGAAACCCAUCAAGGGCUCACCAUAUCCGAGAGGCUACUACAGAUGCAGCAGCUCAAAGGGUUGUAUGGCCCGGAAGCAAGUGGAGCGGAACAGAUCCGACCCGGGAAUGUUCAUAGUCACAUACACGGCGGAGCACAACCACCCUGCACCGACUCACCGCAACUCUCUGGCCGGGUCCACGCGCCACAAGGCUGUCUCUUCUCCUCAGUCAGGCUCCGUCACAGCCGGUGACUCUACCAAACGCAAGGGCGGCUCUCCGUCGCCGGCUACGUCUGUGGAGGAGGAGGUUGGUGGUGGUCGGAGCACAACAAUGAUGGAAGCGAAAGAAGAAAAACAGAGUCCUCUGGCUGAUGAAGCGGAAACAGAGUACUUUGGGGUUUGUGAUACAAUUGUGAGCGAUGACUUCUUUGUGGGUUUGGAUGGUCUUGCCGGAGACUACUUUUCCGAUCACUCCACGGCGAGCUUAGGCGGCCCAUGGAGUGCUGGAAGUGCUGCCACCGCCGCUCGUAGUAUCUGAUUCGAAGAAAAAGUCGGCUCUUUGGACAGAAUUAUUAUUUUUUAAUUUCUUUUUUAGGGUUAGAGAGAGAAAGGGGUGUAACUAUGGGUGGAAUCUUUUGAUUUUAACAGUGGUUAAUUAUGAGGGGUUAAAAGGGCUUCUAGUUUUUUAGAUGUAACUGAAACACCUUUUCUUGAAUUAUUGGUUUAUUUUUGGUUUGAGACUUUUGGGAGUAAAGUAAAUGGUAGUGAUUAACUACUACAAAGAAGAAUAGGUGAACUUUGUUCAUAUGCUCUUCGUGUUCAUUUGUUCUGAGGUGUAUUUAUUUUGUGAUUUAGAAAAGUUUUAUGUUCUUUAUUGUGAUCCAA